AUGCACAUAUUCCCCGAGCGCACGUCCCUAGACGGGCUGGGGAGCGAACUCUUCAAGCUUGUAUCCUACGGGGCCUCGCGCGAGCAGUGGGCAGAAUGGCUCAGGGUGGCGCUGGAACACGCCGCUUCCCGCGGCAAUCUGAGCCUCGUCGAGAGGCUGCUCCGAGCAGGGGCGGACGCCGGUUCGGGAUGGCGGGGCUGCCGCUGCCGUACCCUGCUCGAUGCCGCUGCACUUGGUGGGAAUGCUGACGUCAUGUCUGCCUUGAUUCGAGGAGGGGCAGGGGCGGAUGUAAACAAGGUAACGGUGUCGUCCCGGAGAUCGGCGCUGUAUACGGCGACGUGUUGUGGUCAUGAAGCUGCUGCGAAACGGUUGAUCCUCGCUGGAUCAGACGUCAACUUUCGGGACCCCGUGGCAAAGUGCAGCGUUCUGAGCCAGGCCAUUCAAGGCAGUCACACACAGUUCGUCGAUGACCUGCUGAUAGGUGGGGCCCGCCCAAACAUCCGAGACGAUUGCGGCAUGGCCCCUCUCCAAGCGGCGGCUCUGUUUGCAGAAGAGGGCGUCGUCUCAGCUCUUCUUCUGGCGAAGGCAGACGUAAAUGUAGGCCUUGGCAAGACGAUGUACGAGACACCGCUGAUGCUUGCUGUGAGACGGGGCCAUCUAGCAAUCGUAGAGACGCUGUUGGAGGCCGGGGCUGACUGCAGCCUUCGCCAAUUGGAGGACUACUCGCCGCUUGACGUGGCCGCUGAGCAGGGGACACUCCCUGUCCUCGAAGCCAUCCUGGGGCGGGGAGUUGACGUGGAUGCCCAAGACCGUGCAGGUUGCACUGCCUUGCACACAGCUAUCCUUUUUAGCGACCGGGCGGGGCCUGCGGUCCACAUGCUAGUCAAAGCCAGGGCAGACACCGAGCUCAAGAGCGUCGGUGGCUGGACACCUCUUCAUGCCGCCGCGGAACACCACCGGGUAAACUGCGUGGCAGCCCUGCUGCAGAACAACGCGUCCGUCAGGAACCGAUUCGACGCCACCGGAGACACACCGUUGCACAGGGCUUGUGUUGAACAGCGGGAGGGGCUGGCAGCUUCCAUAGACCUGCUGUUGAGGUGGGGAGCGGACGAGACCGCGCGGAACAAACGUGGGCGUACCCCCCUCGACGUUCUCGGUGCGACCCGAACCGACAACCCUCAUUGCUCGCCCGACGAGGUGGACCGCGCUCGGCUGCUACUGGUUCGGGCCCCAACGGACAGGCGGUGGCGUCGCCGGGGCUGGCUGGUGGUUCUCCGAUCACGCACCAUCGUUGUUGCCCACAGAUGCGCUAAGGGUGCGUCGGAUAGCGGUUUGUCUCUGUGUCAAGCAAGACGCAAUGGCAAGGGGGCCAGAAUAGACGUUGCAGGGAACUCGAGCGGUGUGGUGGAGUUGCUGACGGAACUGGAGCCGGAAGCCGUGUUUCGCUCUGUCUUAGGGUUUUUAUGAAUGCAAGCUGGCGGCUGAAGCUCUACACGCCCGGUACGUUUGGCAGGCUGUUCACUCAUGUAUUUUUUACUAUCCCGACAACCUCCAGCUUCCAGCGGUUGUGGUUGUGUUUUAUUUUGAGGCACUUGUGGGUGAUCCCCUAUAGGUGAAUCUCGCUGUAUUUCUCAUCGCGGAGUAUGCGGUGGUGUACCUCCUUCUGCAGCAUGGCAAGUCUUACCAUGUGAUGACGUUGGAAUGC